UUCUCACCUCAAAAAUGAAAUAUCGCGUCAUGUCAAAUUGAGUUCGUUCUCCGAUGUUAAAAUUUCAGUGCUUCGAAUAGAUGUAUAUUUGAAAUCAUGCAACAAAUGAUGCCAAGUUCCUCAGAAGUUAAUGUUUUCGAACAAAGAGGUUAUCUGAUAGGUAAAAAAAUUGGAAAAGGUACCUAUGCCACAGUACAUCUAGCGGAUUUUGUCGAUGGGGCUGGUCCUAAAAAACUGCGACUGGCAUGCAAAAUUUUCGAUAAGGAAAAGGCUCCUAAGGAUAUUCUACGUAAGUUCUUUCUUCGCGAACUAGACAUUCUGACGAAAAUUAAGAAUCCCCACAUUAUACAAGCCCACAGUAUUCUUCAGAGAGGACCCAGAGUAUUUAUCUUCAUGAAAUACGCUCCUAAUGGCGACUUGCUGAAUCAUAUAAAAGUGAAUGGGGCUGUAGUUGAAACACAGGCUAAAAUUUGGUUCCACCAAAUUGCAAGUGGUCUUCAGUACCUACAUGGAAUGAAUAUAGCUCAUAGGAACCUCAAAUGUGAAAAUAUACUAUUAUCUGGAAAGUUCAAUGCGAAAAUAACCGACUUUGGAUUUGCUCGAUUCUGCACAAACGAUGAUGGCGAUGUUAUUUUGAGUCAAACAUAUUGUGGGUCUACUGCAUAUGCAGCACCUGAAGUGAUCAGUGGUAUACCUUACAACCCCAAGAUGUCAGAUGUUUGGUCUCUAGGUGUCAUCCUUUUCAUCAUGCUCAACGCAUCUAUGCCAUUCGAUGACUCAAAUAUGAAAAAACUAUUGAAGGACCAGAUGAAUAAGAAUUGGAGCUUUAGAUCCAGUGUGACUGACACGUUGUGCUCCAGAGCAAAACAUUUAGUCAGAGUACUUCUAGAACCGGAUCCAAUAUUAAGGCUUAACUUGAGUAAGGCUUUAAAACAUGAUUGGGUUAAUGAUAAUGAAAUAGCGAAGUCCACAAUGUACUGAAAUUGUUUCGAAUAUAUUAAAGUCGUGUUCAAUCGAA